GGCAGUCUGCGUUGUGAGGUGCAUUUUAUUACCGUCUCAUACGGGCGGAAUUGCUUCUCUGCGUGUGUGCGCUUAUCUCUUAGUCCGACCGCUGCUUGUGGGCUCUUGUGGGCGUUGGCCCAGCCCGCGACUCUACGGCGCCUUUUCCACUGGGCGCCCCCAACUCCACAACAACAUGCUUGUCCACCCACACAGGGCACCCUUCAGAAUACAGUCUAUAAAACCCAGGCUUGGCCCCCAGCCCCCCUUCCCAGGUAACGUACACAGCUCACUACAAGACUAACAACCAAGCCAGCUCAAAAAGCAACGAGAGCCAGAAACCAAAAAUGACCGCUACAACACUCCAACCCAUCAUCCCCCGCACCGACACCCCCGCCCUCCUCGCCGCCCUCCAAAAAUCCGGAAGCUGGGACGAACAUAUCUCCAUGGCCAUCUCCAACCCCAACGCGAGCAUCGUCACCACCCCGACAUUCAAGUACGAUAUCACCGUUGGCGCCAAAGCGACCCGGGUCUUGAUUUUUGACCAUUUGGGCGCCGAGGAGGAUAUGGAGCGGGAUCUGAAGGCGUUCUUGGCGGGUCUGGAGAAGGGCACGAAGGUGGCGUUGGAUGAGAGUGCGGCGUUCCCGCAUGCCAGGGCGGAGAUUCUGGAACGGGUGGGCUUCACGAACCGGGUGUUUGCACACCCCAACGUCGCUCGGCAAUUGGAUCUGGUCGACGUGGACGGCACACCCGUCGCGCCGACCUCUAUCCCGCCGCCGGAGGGAAUCACCAUUCACGAAAUCACAUCCUCCACGGACCCACGCUUCGACGCCCGCGUCGCCGUCGAGCGGGAUAUCUUUGGGUACGGCGCCGGGUACUUCUCGCACCUCCCCGCCGCGUUGGCGGAGAUGAUGGACAAGUACGGUGAUUACCACCUCCUUGCUACCACCGCCAACCAAGACGGGGGGGAAGAAGCGGUCGGGUACAUGACCCUCCGCGUGCAUCGGGGCGUAGCAUACCUACAAGGCGCGGGGACGGUGGAGACAUGGAGGAAGAGGGGGUUGACGAAGGCGAUGUUGGCGAGGACGGUUGCGAAGGCCGUUGAGUGGGGGUUUGAGGUGAUGUUGACGGUUGCGUGGGAUGAGAAUGCGGUUAGGGCGUGGACAGCGAUGGGGUUUAGGGAGGUGGGGAUUACGCGUGUGUGGGAUUUAGAUGUGUGACGGCGGCCGAUGGUUGAUAGAGAUGAAAACUUGUACAUAUAGAUAGUAGACGCACUCGGCAGUAUGGCGUGCACUUGUUUCUUAUGUAUAUACAACUGAAUUUGACAAAGUCAUACCAAUGGAGCCUUUUUU